AUGGAUCCCCCGUCUAACCUUAGUUAUCUCCACACCCCGCCCGUCAAACCAAACAACUAUUCGACAGUGACCAGGGUUGCAAAGGAGAAUGCUCGUCUACGUCCAAACCAAGAGCUUUUCAUCCACAGAGAACUGGACGGGUCAAGGUCAAGCUUGACCAAUGCCAGUCUGUACCAACAGGCUGAUCAGCUAGCGAGGUUUCUAGUAACACAAGGCAUUAAGAGAGGAGAUGUUGUUGCCCUGGCGGGUCCAAAUACGCUGGAGAUGGUGAUUGGGAUGUUAGGAAUACUGUCAGCUGGAGCUGUAGUCUUGAAUGUCAUCAUCACCGUGAAGACGUCCCUUGAUGUGAAGGCAUUAUUUCAACUUACACGUGCAAAGUGCAUUUUGGUUGACUGCGGUGAAAAUAACAGUCUUCUUCCUCCCGUCAAGACGAUGCUGGAGAAUUGCAAUGUACAAACAGGUGAAACGAGCCAAGAUGACAAAAUUAAGGUUAUAUUCCUCCGCAAAACAGACUUGGAUGGUUUCAAGACGACAGAGAAUUUGCAAAAGAUACUAUCACAGAGCAUUGAUGAAGUGGAUCUUCCACACGUUUACCCAGAAGACAAUGCGAUAAUUUUCACAACAUCCGGGAGCACUGGCAAACCAAAGUUGGUUCUCCAUUCUCACUUCGACUUUGCAAGUUUUCCGUUCUCUUUGAUUCCGUCCACUGUUGACUAUGAGUUGAUGCUUUUCAACGACAGACCUUUCGGCUGGAUUGGAGGAACACCGGUAUCGAACAUCCUACGAAGUGAGACCAGGAUCUUCAUGGAUCCGUCUGUAUCAAUGAACACUGAAAAUGUAGAUUUUCUUUGGCGGGUUUUGGAAGAAGAACGAUGUACUGAUGCCCUAUUGGCGCCUUUCGUAAUCCAUGAUUUAAUUGAGUUGCCACAGAAAGAUACUAAGGACAGAUUCAUGUUGCAGCACAUCUUUACUGGGGGCCAGAUGAUAGACAACUACUACACUCGGAUCAUCGGGAAAUUCUGUCACGAAAUGGCAAUUGUUUACGCUUGUACUGAGGGUACUGGUAUCACCCUGCACGGGCCUAUUGAUCGCACUGAACCACUACUGGCGGGAGAUGUCGGUCCAGCAUGCCCGGGGGUGGAGAUCAGGGUCGUUGACCCCCAAGAACUUCCAAUCGAAAGAGGAUUGACAGGCAAGAUUCAGAUCCGCUCUCUUCACUUAAUGAAAGAAUAUGUUGGUAGUCCGGAGCUCACGAAGGAGGCUUUCACGGAAGACAGAUGGUUUAGGACGGGCGACAUCGGUAAAGUAUCCUCAAAUGGACAUCUCAUUCUUCUUGGAAGAGAAUCCGACGCCAUAAAGAGAGGCACGCGCAAAGUAUACCCGGCUAUGCUGGAGUUCCUACUGAAGAAGAUGGAGUCAGUCAAAGAAGUGUGUGUGGUACCUGUCCCGGAUAAAAGGUUGUACGAAGAGAUAUGUGUGUGUUUUGUACCUUCCGGUAAAAUCACUCCCGAUGACGUACAACGGUACUGCGAACAGAACCUAUUUACGGAGAAUACCGUCGAUAGCCUCGGAGAAAUGCCGACAUAUUUUUUGCAAUAUGAAGUCUUUCCUAAACUAGGGAGCGGUAAACCAGACAAAAAAGCAAUACAGGUAGACGCUUCUCAGAGGUUAGGAUUGACGGGAGUAGGUGCCAGUGAAAACUAAUUAAAUAUCAAAUUGUUCGGGGGUGCAAAAUAAAGGCAGUGAAUCUUUUCUGCAAACGAAACACUGACCCAUGUACAAUGUUAAGUAGAAUAUCCAAGAAAAUGAUACACUAACGGAUGCUUGUAUAUAAAAAACCUACAGUUAGCAAUAUAUUUCAAUAGAACUUAACACGUUGAUUAAUGCAAAACCUAUCCUUUACUCCACAGAAAGGUAUGGAAAUCUUACGCUUUAAUCAAUUGCAUUUUUUCUUCUCUUUCGUAUUUGUUUUUAAAGACCAUCUCUCGAGAAUGUUUGUAUUACUUAGUGCAAAGGUAGAUCAUUGUCGAGAUGAUCAUGCAUGUAUGCAAUGAUAAAACUAGUUUUGAAAUUUGAGAGUUGAGACUUUAUGAUAACAUCAAUAUCGGAAGAAUCAACUGAAAUGACGAAUCGGUGGUUGCAUGUGUAAUUUGCGCUGUUCUAUGAAAUAGGAGAUUUAGAUUUUUUAUUUAACCACGGAAUUAGAUGCUAUAUAAGUCCGUGUUUUUUACAUAUUGAUUUGUGCUAUAUACUGUAUAUUUUAUACUGUACGAGAAAGUCGACGUACAUGCAUAUGUAUAUCUGUAUAUACCUUAUUUACUGAAAAAGCCAGAACUUUAUGUUAUUGACUGUUUAUUUGUAAAUUGAAUUGAAAGGAAAAAUAAACAAU